GCUUUAAUUUAUUUUAUGCAGUAAGUAAUUAAAUUUUCUAUUGUUUCAUUUAUAGUGCACCAUGUGUGUCUUACCUUCUUCGCAAACGAGCCCUCUAUGAUGAUAUGUCAAGGUACACAUUUUGUGCUGGCUACAUGCCUUGCAGUGGUAGGUGUGGAGAAAGUAAAUGUCCUGAGUUUUGCCUUUGCACUGAGGUGGCUGCAAGAAGCUACCGUUAAUUUAAUUUCAACAUUGGCCAGCUCAAGUGUGCUACAGGAUAAUGCAUGUAGGCUCACAUGCAUAAAUAGACUUAAAACAAGAUCAUACCCUAAAGAGCAACACUCUUCACAAGUGGUGGCACAAGUAUGUCUUCUUCUGAUGUCUUUAUGCUCCUGGUAUUCAGCAAGGACAGGUGAGAAAUUAAUCACUCAGAAAAAUAAGGAUUCAUAUGCUGUGAACAACAUAAUAUUAAAUAUUCUUUAGUAUGAAUGCUACUUAUUUAUUAGAUUUAAUUUCCAUACACUAUAUGGAUAGUUUCUUUAUUAGCAAACCAUAUGGUGGCACCAGUCUAAAAGUGCUCAUAAAAUGUUUUAGUCAAGUGAGAGACUUUAGUUUCUACAAUGAUGUGACACUUUGGUUUCGCAAAGUUUUUACAUGGAAAUUAUCAUAUUUAAAUAUGCAUUUAUUAUUUUACAUCGAUCAAAUCUUAGAAAGAAAAUAAUAGACUCCAAAAAAUGCUCAAGCAUAUGUACGCUCAUUUAUAACCAAAAAAUCCCAAUGCUUUAAUUAAUUUUCAGUCAUUUUUUUUACUAACAGAAUCAUCAUACUAUUAGAUGAUCCACAAGGCCAAUUGCAGAUAUAUGAUUAAGUCCAAAAGCUUUAACACGUGUGGUAUGAGGGAAAGGGGAAGGGUGUAUGAACAGGGAAUGAUACUUGUGUCUAUAAGAAAACAAUGCGGUGUUAAUGGUGUAACGAGUAACCUACUAGGCAAGGCUGCCUAAGCUUUCUGCAUUCUACCAAGGAACCCACUAGGUAUUGAUGGUUUCCCUAUUCGAGCAUAAGGUGCCAACAUACCUACCAAAGCAACAUUAACAACUAGCCCAAUAAGAAGAUCUAUAAGAUACAACUCAAAUUUGGCCCAAAAGUCUUUGCCUCUCAUUUGAAUUUCAGCAAAAGUAGCACAACAUGUAUCGAUGACAAUCUGCAUAUCAUGUGAGAGAAAAACUAUAUAAACAUUUUUCAAAUAUCCAAAAUCUUCCAAUUAUGCCAACAACAGUACAUGAAUGAUUUUCACAUAUAGCAGAGACCAGUCAGUCUUAAUUCUUAAAUCUACCAAUUAUAGCUUAUAUGAUAUGAAGAAUACAACACAACUUCUUUUAGCAUAUAGAUACCUUGUUACCUAGGAAAGCUAUUUUAGUACCACAAUUUCUAGCGUUCAAGAUAGGGAAAGCAAACCAAGGAGGUUCAACUAUGUCCUAGCCUCUCCAAUAAAUAGAGCACAUUAAUAUAUAAUAGUUGUCAAUUAAUGGUGAACACUUACUGACAUAUGUUAUAUAGAACAGUCACAAAAAUUGGAUAACUCAAGGCACAACAGUCCUGCCAUUAAAUAAUAUGAACAGUCAAAAUUAGGAUUACUAUAAGACAAGCCCAACCAACCUCUGAGCCAAAGUUAAUGAAUCUUAUGCUAUUUUCUUCUUGAUGUUGAUUAGUACUGCUUCACACCAAUUGUCUCUAUGUGUGUAUCUAUAAAACAAUGCAUUAUAAAUUUAUAAAAUUCUUGCUAUUUUAUUUCAAAAGUCAACCUUGUUUUGUUUAACAUAUAUCAUACUAGUUUUUUUUAGAAAUAUUAUGGAUAUUAUAUAUAAUAAUGUUUCCAGUGUUAAAGAGAGAUGCCCACAAAAAGAGAUAAAUGAGAGAAGACACUAAAAUAGAAAAUGUUACCUUAUUUCUUAAUGCUUGUGUUCAGACUUGAGCAAAUAGAAAAUGUUGACUAGAGGGUGUCUCUUUACAUCUUUUAAAUACUAAUAAAAAAAAGUUAAAUAUAAUCAAUAAAAAAG